AAACAGUGGGCGACAACUUUCCAUUACCUAACAUCACAGAAAUCCUCGACCAGCUAGGAAGCGCCAAAUACUUCAGCGUUUUCGACCUAGCCUCAGGAUUUCACCAAAUACUGAUGCAUGAGUCCGACGCGCACAAAACGGCUUUUUCAACACCAUACGGCCACUACGAAUUUAAGCGAAUGCCCUUUGGGCUCAAAAAUGCGCCGGCGACGUUUCAAAGGCUCAUGAAUCUAGUACUGGAGGGCCUACAGGGUAUCGAAGCAUUCGUUUACCUGGACGAUAUUGUCAUUUACUCCUGUUCGUUACAGGAACAUUUUGUAAAAUUCCGUAAACUAGCAGAUAAGUUAAGAAGCGCAGGGUUGCAACUACAACCCGACAAGUGCGAAUUCCUUCGCAGAGAGGUUACAUACCUCGGACAUGUAAUUGGUGAGUCAGGAGUAAAACCGGACCCGAAAAAGAUAGAGGCCGUGCAGAACUUUCCGAGACCAUGCAAUGCGAAAAAUGUCAAACAAUUCUUGGGCCUAGCGGGUUAUUACCGUCGUUUCAUUCCUAACUUUUCAAAAAUAGCUAAACCGCUCACGAACCUCCUGAAAAAGGAUAUCGCAUUUGUCUGGGAAUCGGCGCAAGACAACGCAUUUGUGCAAUUGCGAGACGCUCUUUGUCGGGAACCCAUCCUACAGUACCCUGACUUCACGAAACCUUUUGUCGUCACCACCGAUGCAUCGGGGGUAGCUAUAGGCGGAAUAUUGAGUCAAGGAGCAAUAGGAAAGGACUUACCGAUAGCUUACACUUCGCGUCUAUUGAAUACAGCCGAACAAAACUAUUCUACAAUCGAAAAGGAACUGCUCGCUAUUGUUUACAGCGUCAAUUACUUUAGACCUUAUGUAUAUGGCCGUAAGUUCACUCUGGUAACCGAUCAUAGGCCGCUAGUCUGGCUGCAUUCCGUUAAAGACCCUACUUCAAGGCUCGUUCGAUGGCGGUUGAAACUCGCCGAGUACGAGUAUGAAGUUGUUUAUAAAGCUGGAAGGAUAAACGCUAACGCAGAUGCUCUCUCUAGGAACCCGACCACCCAAAAGGUUCUCCCCCUCUCCGUAUCCGAGAACUCCGAUAAUUCACUAUUCCAUGCCCCUUCUCCUCCAACGUUCCAGACCGACGAGACGCAGGAACAACCCGAAACCGAACCGACAGUAAUAGGAACCGAAAUCGUUUCCUCCGGCGAGGAAACCGACAGCGACAGCGAAAGUGAGGGAGACGGCCCAAUCUUUGAUCCCAUCGACGUACCUUUUCAACCAAAUAGAGCCAGACUCAUCGAAGUCCGAGAUAACCUAACCACCAGAAAAGAUAAUAUUGUAAUCUUCAUAACUCAGCAAGGAUCACCGUGCGACAGGGGCGCGCGUAAAUUGAAGGAAACCAAUAAACUACCCGAGAUAAAGGACGGAACGUUAGGACGAGCAAAAGUAACGAAAAUCGGAGGCAAAUACCUAAUCGCAUUGGUCAUCAAAGAUCGCGUAUCAGCUAUAACCCAGGUAGAAACCAUAAAAGAGGCUCUACAUUCGCUGUUAGACGUAACGAUGGAAUUAAAUUUACAAACUGUCUCCAUUUCUAAGGGGGAUAUUGAAUCUGUGCCAUGGAAAACGUUGCAUAAACAUCUAAAGAACGUGUUCUGCGACUCGCCUACCAGAAUUAUUGUUUGCUCGAAUCAAAUCACAGAGCCAGCCGACUCAGAUAAAGCGCGCAUCAUCGCAGAAAAUCACUCGACCGCGAUAGGAGGACAUAAAGGAGUGACAAAAACGUAUAAUCGAAUUAAAUAUAAAUACUUUUGGCCUCGCCUGAAGAGAGACGUACAGGAAUUCAUCCGGGACUGUAGAGACUGUCAACUAAAGAAACUGGUACGAGUAAAAACCCGUCAGCCCAUGAUAUUGACGGACACCCCUGGUAACGCGUUCGAUAAAAUAUCUAUGGAUAUUAUGGGUCCACUCCCGGUCACCAGGACAGGAAACAGUUACAUCCUCACAAUCCAGGAUCUGCUCACUAAAUACUCCCUUGCCAUCCCCCUAAAACACGCAACUGCUGUUGAUAUAGCCGAAGCUUUCGUAAGCGAAUUCGUAUGCAUCUAUGGGGCCCCGCAAGCGCUCUUGACCGAUCAAGGCACGAAUUUCGUUAGUAGCCUCAUGCGCAACAUUGCGCGCAAGUUCCGGAUUACUCAAUACAAGACGACCGCGUACCGUCCGCAAUCGAACGGGUCUAUAGAACGGUCGCACCACGUUCUCUGGGAGUACCUAAAACAAUUUACCAAUAAGAAUCACGAAUGGGACGAACAUUUGAAACUCGCUACGUUUUCCUAUAAUACAAGCGUGCACGAGGGUACUCAGUACACACCACACGAACUCGUGUUCGGAAAAAUCGCACGCGCACCCUCCAGCGAUGUACAACUAGAGAACGAACCAAAUGUAGCGUACUCCGAUUACCUCACAAGCCUCUUUGACAAACUUAGACAUGCGCAAACAGCAGCCCGCGAAAAUUUAAUACAAGCUAAAAUACGAUCUAAGGAAUACUAUGAUCGAAGGGCGAACCCUCGUGAAUUCAAGGUGGGAGAUAAUGUCUACCUCCUGAAAGAACCGACGAAAGGGAAACUAGGGGACCAAUAUGUAGGUCCGUACCGAAUCCGCGAAAAACUAGAUAAUCAUAAUGUUAAAAUAGCGAUAGAUAAGAUUAGGUCUAAAAUUGUACACGAAGAUAAGCUACGCGCCGCGAGGGGAACAAACCCCCACCACCCGGCUAAUAAAUAUAGUUAUAAGGCACGCCGCCAGCGCUCCAGCACCAGUCGUGGCUAG